AGACAUAGACGGACAAACAAAGAAGGACACACUGAGUACUGCUGGAUCUGGUUCUGAGGUUCUGCUCAGAGGUCUGGAUCAUGAUGGAACCAACAUCAAAACCUGCUGCUGUUCUGCUGCUGUUUCUCCUGCACAGCUGUGUGGCAAACCAUGGUGAAGACUUUGUCCCACCCACUGUGGCCACAAAACCACACAAACCUAUAGUGUGCUUGCCCAAUUAUGGUAUAGAAUAUAAUGGGGACCUAAGUGUUACCAUAGGAGGUCACACCUGCCUGCCAUGGUCAUUACCGGAGGUAAAAACCCUCAGUCGGGACAAAGAGUUCAUCCCUGAAGUUCAGCUGCAGACCAACAAGUGCCGAAAUCCUGACGGUGACUCUGAGGGCCCCUGGUGCUAUGUCAGGAUUGCUGGAAAUAUAACAAUGGACUACUGUGAUCUGCAGCUAUGUGAUGACCCACUAUUAGGGCCUGAGCAAACAACUGUGACCGAAGGCAGGGAGCGCUCCGUCUUAGGUCAGGCCAGGAAAAACCUUUUCAGUCCUCGCACGUUUGGACAAGGAGAGGAUGAUUGUGGACAGCGUCCCCUGUUUGAAAAGAAGAACAAAACAGAUGCAAACGAAGCAUGCAUGCUUUUCAGCAGAUGGUGUCGUAUCGUUGGGGGUGAUGACGCUGAAGUGGGCUCAGCUCCAUGGCAGGUGAUGCUGUACAAGCGUAGCCCACAGGAGUUUUUGUGUGGAGCCAGUCUGAUCAGUGAUCAGUGGAUCCUCACUGCAGCUCACUGCAUCCUUUACCCACCCUGGAACAAGAACUUCACCAUCACCGAUAUACUGGUCCGCCUGGGAAAACACAACAGAGCCCAGUUUGAGCGUGGCAUUGAGAAGAUUGUGGCAAUUGAUGAAAUCAUUGUCCACCCCAAGUACAACUGGAAAGAAAACCUGAACCGUGACAUCGCUCUGCUGCACAUGAGAAGGCCGGUCACAUUCACUGAUAAGAUCCAUCCUAUCUGCCUGCCCAGCAAGCCCGUCGCCAAGUUUCUGAUGUCUGAAGGCUUUAAGGGCCGAGUUACCGGGUGGGGGAACCUGAAGGAAAGCUGGAACCCUGCAGUGAGAAAUUUACCAUCAGUCCUUCAGCAAAUCCACCUACCGAUAGUGGACCAGAACAUCUGCCGCAGCUCCACUUCAGUCAAGAUCACAGACAACAUGUUCUGUGCUGGUUAUAAACCAGACGAUAACCAUCGUGGAGACGCCUGUGAGGGAGACAGCGGUGGACCUUUUGUGAUGAAGUACCCGGCAGAGAACCGCUGGUAUCAGAUCGGCAUCGUGUCAUGGGGAGAGGGCUGCGAUCGUGACGGGAAGUAUGGCUUCUACACUCACCUGUUCAGGAUGACCAGGUGGAUAGGCAAAGUUAUUGAAAAGAUGGGAGGAAGCGAAGAUGAGUAAACACAAACCAUCGACGUCAAUCACUUCACAUUCAACCCUGUUAAGUAACAUGGCCCCAGUAAAGAUUGUCGACGUAUUGUA